UACCCAACGAUAUCAGAAGACGGAAAGCUUCUCCAAACCAGGGUAACGAAGAUAAACGUGCUUGGACUUAGCCCACCUGUUGCUUUUGUGUUAAUCAAAACAGCAAACCUUUCUGGAUUCUAAAAGAUUUGCAGCCAGUUCUAAAAGAAAUCAGUUAUGGGGGAAGCAGUAUACAUGACAGAGAACACCAAGAAGUACGACAUCCCACUGUCUCACUUGGACCACAGCUAUGUGAAGGCUUGCAGCGAUGUCAAGGAACUGGAGAAAAUAUUAAGAGUCUUGAAGUCAGGAGAGGAAGGUUAUUUUCCUGAACUGGAAAGGCUGGCUGAAAACAAGCUCACAGAAUUGGCUCCAAACAGCCGAGCUUUGCGGAAAGAGCUUCCUCUAUCUCGACUGUCUGACCUUGACCCUGGGGAUAAACAGGAUCUUGUUGAUGGCAUCAAGCACUGGAACAAGGAAAUGAAAAACAAAGAAGACAUGAUGACCUCUGGGCCAGGGGUCAUAUCAGGUGACCUUGACCUUCCUCCCAUCAGGUCAGGGGUUAUAGGAACAUCCAAUCCAGAGCAGAAUGGAACGAAGCAGCAGACAUCAAACAAGAGGGUAAAGCCAAGAGAUCACAAGGAAUGGGAAAAGGUCGACCUAGAUAAGGAGUUGGAGAAAGUGGACAAUGAGGACAAGAAUACGAAACAGAAACAGAACACUGCGAAGAGAGGAACACCUGCUAAUCUGGACACUGAGAUCAACGCUAAAGGCCUGUCUACGGAGGAGAAGCUGAUGAAGGCCAACAGGGAGAAGGACAAAGGAAAUGAAGCGUUCCGGUCCGGUGACUACGAGGAGUCUGUGUUGUACUACUCAAGGAGCAUCUCCCUGCUGCCGACUACAGCCUCCUACAACAACAGAGCUCUAGCAUACCUGAAGACAUGUGACUGGGACCAGUGUUUGGCUGAUCUUGGCGAGGUGCUGAAUGCAGAGCCAAAUAACAUCAAAGGUUUACUCAGGCGAGGCACAGCUCUCAAGGGAAAGAAAGAAUUUGGCAAAGCUGUAAAAGAUUUCAAGAGAGUUUUGGAGUUGGAACCAGCCAAUAAAAAAGCUCAGGAUUUAAUGCGUGAAGCUGAUGUAGACCUAAAGAAGUUUGAGCAGGAGAAGAAGGAGAAGAAGGCGAAAGGCCGUCGGUUGUUGAUUGAGGAUGUGGAUGGCAGUGAGUCGGAGGAUGAGGCGUCCAGUAAGACCAACGGAGAGAUGGAGAGUCAACAGGCUUGUGGAAAGGAGGAUAUUGUUGAAAACGGUUUUGAGGACGAAAACCAACAUAAGAGUUGUGGAAAGUCGGGGACAAAAGAUCCACACAGCAGCACUGCAUCUGGUAACGUGAAAAGUGGUGAUGCUAAAGAUAUAUGGAACAGUGAUGAAGUAGGGGAGAAAGAUGAAAACAGUGUGGCAGCAACAUCAGCAACUUGUGAUAAGGAUGUGAGAGGUGUGUCACGUGUGUCGAGCAGCAGUGAUGCAGGUGCCGUGUCGAGCAGCAGUGAUGCAGGUGCCGUGUCGAGCAGCACUGAUGCAGGUGCCAUGUCGAGCAGCAGUGAUGCAGGUGCCAUGUCGAGCAGCAGUGAUGCAGGUGCAAUAGACGAGACGGUGGAAUCUGAGAAGGGUGUGAAAGUUGAUGACCAUAAUGGAAGUGUAACCGAUGGACACGGCAGGGAUGCAGCUGGGGAUGAAGAAGCUGAAGACGAGACUGAGAAUCAAGCUCAAGUGAGUGUGGCUCAAUCUCGACCAGUCUUCUAUGUGUCUCCUCUCCCGGCUGAUGUGGCUAAACUACGACAGCAGGGCAACGAUCUGUUCCGCACAGGGCAGUACGCUGAGGCUUUAGUUUGUUACGAGAAUGCCAUCAACAAGCUGGAUGAAGUGCCGGAAGGGAACGAGUACAGCCUCUCCCUGCUGUACAGCAACCAGGCAGCCUGCAAGCUGAAGACGGGAGACUGCUCCUCCGCCAUAGCCGACUGUACCAUGGCCCUAGACUAUGUCCCACAUUCCAUUAAACCCCUGCUUCGGAGGGCCAGUGCUUUUGAAACAAAGGAGAGAUAUCGCCGGGCGUACGCCGACUACAAGCACGUCCUCAGCAUAGACUCAAGCGUUGAACAAGCUCAUCAAGGUGCCUCAAGAUGCCAGAAGCACCUGACAGACCAAGACGGUUCACGAUGGAGAGACAAGCUUCCGGCUAUAGUCAACGUGUUCCCAUGGGAGAUUCCAGAAAUUGUGGAUUCCACUUCUCCUCCUAAACCCCCCUCGCAGCCAGCCAGUGCUACCCAGGGUGCAUCAUUCACUGCGCCUCCAUCAGCACCCGUGAAGACGCCAGUGCAAGAGAAAGUUCCAAUCAAAGAGAAGGUUCCAGUGCAGAAGGUUCCAGAGAUUAAAACACCCAUUGCUCCUGAAUCCCCUGAAGAGAAGUUUGACAAACUCAAAUCAAGUGGCAAUAAACAUGUCCAAAAGGGAGAGUUCCAGCAGGCUGUGGAGUGUUACACUGGCUGUAUCAAGACUCUGCCAGACAGGGGGGUCAGCUACACCAACAGGGCACUGUGCUUCCUCAAGCUCAACAAGCCCCAGGAUGCUGUCGAUGAUUGCAACGAGGCCUUGAAACAUGAAAAGGAAAACACCAAAGCCUUGUACAGGAGAGCACAGGCCAGGAAGAUGCUAGAGGAGUACAAGUACAGCCUGGCAGAUCUGCUACAGCUGCUGAAGAUAGAGCCCACCAACACAGCUGCCAAGAAAGAAAUAGAGCUCAUUAAAAAGUUGUAUAGAAAGGAAUUUGAGAAAACUGUACAAGACAAAAAACAAAAGACGUCAAAUGAGGCACCACCAAAACAGAGACGGAAGAUGAAGAUUGAGGAAGUAGAUGAUGAUGAUGAGGAGGAGGAGGAACCAAAGCCUCAGUCAGAGAACACCAAACCUUCCCACACUGAUGCAGCAGGACCACCUACGACAAACUCCACCAGCUCGUCAACAUCACCCCAGUCUACGUCCAAGUCCAACAAGUCAAGAAAGUCCAAGUCCAAGUCCAAUAGGAAGGCCAUGGAGACGGCGGGUGCUUCAAGCGUCACCGUGUCCCCGCCGAGUGUCCCCAGGUUAGAGAAGGCCACACCGUAUGAGUUCCUACAGGCCUGGAACUCACUCAAGACUGCAACCAGUGUGGAACCCUUUGCUGAGCUCAUGCAACAAAUACAGCCCAAGGAUUUAAAGAGAUUGAUCAGCAACAAGCUGGAUGGGCAGAUGCUGCACAAGAUUAUCAGUUGUGUCAAGCUAAUGGUUGGCAAAGGUGACGUGGAGCGGGGCUACAGUGUACUACAUCACUUGCGUACAGUGGACAGAUUCAGCACCGUGCAGAUGUUCAUGUCAGCAGAUGAGAAGAAAGACAUUGGUCAUGUGUGUGAUGUCAUAUCAAGGCACAGGUCGUCAACUUACUCCGAACAAGAUCUUACCAAGCUGAGGAAGGACUACGGGUCAUGAGAUGUGCCAAAAGAAGGAUCGUAUUUUCAUUACUCUCACCACCUUGUCAUGGCCAACCCUAGUGACAGUCGUGGAGGACUGUGAGAUUACAGGGGGUGUCGUUCAACAGCAUUCACUCAGGUGCAGGUGCACUCAUUCAUUGUUUAUCAUCAGCAGUUAAUAAUGUUCCAUUGGAAAUGUUUCCCAAUGUUCGCUGCAGGAUUUGAAGCUGCUAAAUCUCCGGUUGGAAUAAGAUCAUGAAAUACUUUGGGGAAACUGUAUACCUAUCCAGGGAUAGACAUGAGCAUCAAGUCUUGUUAGUUCUAGACUAGUGAAAAUUUAGAGGGACUAGUUUUUUCAUCCUAAGUAAUAAAACUCUAGUCGAAUUAAGCUGAUGACCCCCUGCUCUGUCUUCUUGAAAUAUGCAUACUGUAUUCACUGACAGCAAACUUUGAAUACAGAAGCCAGAUAAGAAUUGCAAAUGGCUGCCACUUUUUGGUUUUGGUUUUGACUCUGGAAUCCUUAUUUAUGUUCUCUGUUAAUGAAAAGAGUGUGUGUAUUUGGUGAUUUGUGUAAAGUGAUCAUAACUUAGCAGUUUUGUAGAUAUUUGUUUUUUAAUCAUGAUGGGGGCAUGAGUGGCCCAGUCAUCUAAGGCGCCGCGAUUCGCUGUGCAGGGUUGCGUCCCUUGGGCAUGCCAGAAACCUAUGAUUGUGGGUUUGAAACCCAGUUUGCCACAAUUAGGUUU